UGUUAGUAAAAAAAGGGGCAGACUAAGGUAAUUAUGACAAUAUGAUCCUGCUUUAAUAGUAUAGAUGGGUGUAUUAUGCAAAAUGAAGAGAAAAAUUAGAAGCUCAACCCAACCGUAUGCAUUUCAUUGGUCAUGAAAUAUGAAAUGGUCUUUUUUACAUAUUUCUAGUUAACAUAUGAAAAUUAGUAAUGGUUGACAAAUAAAGAAAUAAAAGAAAGACUAUCAUUCAUCAGUCGUGAGAAUAACAUUAUUAUGACUGAUUACGAAACAAAUACUAGAGAGGAAAAGUCUUUUUCUUUUCUUUUUUUGGACAACCGGAAAAGUCUUUUCUUUAUAUUUUGAUUUUUUUUUUUUUGUAAACUAGUAUAUUAUGAUUUCUCAACGUAAACGUCGUUUAUCUUGGAAGGGCCUUUUCCACAAACUUUGUUUAUUUUGUUUGAUCCAUUUAUUUAACACCCCACGAUCUGCUAUUCUUUCACUAUGCACAAUUCUAACCAUGUUAAAGUCAAACUUUCAUGAUAAUUACGUACAUGUUAGCAGUAUAUACAAUCUGCAAAAAGAAGAGAAGAAGCAAAAAGAUCACCCAACUAUCUCCAUUAUACCAAUGGAGGUGCAUUCUAGUGUUUUACUAUUAUUUGGAGUCGGUUCUGUUAUGCUUUUAGUUUAAUUUUCGUUGGGAAAGCAGGUUUACACCAUUUCUCGGUAUCACCAAAUGUUGCGCCCGAUUUGGAGAGUUUAGUCGGGUAAAAACCCCGGAUCACCUCCCAGUUAUUAAAAAAUACUGGUGGGUACUCGAGAUAUUCAUUUUACUAAGAAUUUAAUAACCGUUGACAAAUGAAGAAAUAAAAGAAAGACUAAAGCUAUCAAUCAUGAGAAAAUGAUUAUGACUGAUUCUAAAACAAAUAUUAAAAAUACUAACGUAACAUGUUAGACAUUCGUUUCUCAAAAAAAAAACAUGUUAGACGUUCGACUUCUACGUCGAGAAAUCACAAUAUAAAGGAAAGACUUUCCAUCUAAUCUUCCUCAUUCCUCUUCGAUCUGAAAAAAAAAUGGAGAACUCCGGCUAUGGCAGAGACGGCAUUUACCGCUCACUUCGUCCUACCCUCGUCCUUCCCGAAGAUCCCAACACAUCGUUAGUCUCUUUCCUGUUCGCUAACACCUCUUCUUGCCCUUCAAAGCCAGCUCUCGUUGACUCCGACACCGGCGACUCCUUGUCCUUCUCUCAGCUCAAGUCCGCCGUCUCUAGACUCGCACACGGGUUUCUCCGUCUAGGCAUCCGCAAAAACGACGUCGUGAUGAUCUUCGCACCAAACUCUCACCAGUUCCCUCUCUGUUUCCUCGCCGUAACAGCCAUCGGCGGCGUUUUCACCACCGUGAAUCCUUCUUACACUGUCAACGAGGUUUCGAAGCAGGUCAAGGACUGUAACCCGAAGAUCAUCAUCUCCGUUCAAGAACUGCUCGACAAGGUCAACACUUUUGAUCUCCCCAUUGUCCUACUCGGACAGAGUGAUCUUGACUCGAGUUCCAAGAUCCUCACUUUGAACAACGUGAUGGAUCUGUCCGAGCCAGUUUCGGAUCUCCCUUGCGUGGUCGUCAAGCAAUCCGACACAGCUGCACUGUUGUACUCCUCUGGAACUACGGGAAUGAGCAAAGGCGUGGAACUGACUCAUGGGAACUUCAUAGCAACGGCUCUGAUGGUGACGAUGGACCAAGAUCUUAUGGGGGAGUACCACGGCGUGUUCUUGUGUUUUCUUCCCAUGUUCCAUGUGUUUGGGUUGAGUGUGGUUACUUAUGCACAGCUUCAGAGAGGGAAUGCUGUGGUCUCAAUGGCGAAAUUUGAUCUCGAGAGGCUUCUUAAGAACAUUGAGAAGUAUAGAGUCACUCAGCUUUGGGUUGUUCCUCCUGUGUUCCUUGCUCUCGCCAAGCAAAGUGUUGUGAAGAAGUAUGAUCUUUCUUCGCUUAAGUACAUUGGAUCAGGUGCUGCUCCUCUUGGGAAAGAUUCGAUGGAGGAGUGUGCAAGAAACAUCCCUAAUGUUGUGCUUAUGCAGGGUUACGCAAUGACUGAAACGUGUGGAAUAGUCUCUAUGGAAGACCCUAGACGCGGAAAAAGGAACUCUGGUUCAGCUGGGAUGCUUGCUUCAGGUAUUGAAGCUCAGGUGGUCAGUGUAGAAUCUGGAAAGCCUCAACCUCCAAAUCAACAAGGCGAGAUAUGGGUUCGAGGCCCUAACAUGAUGAAAGGUUAUCUCAACAACCCUGAGGCUACUAAAGAAACUAUAGAUGAGAAUGGUUGGGUACAUACCGGAGAUCUUGGAUACUUCAACGAGGAUGGUAACCUCUUCAUUGUUGAACGACUCAAAGAACUUAUCAAAUGCAACGGCUUCCAGGUUGCACCAGCUGAGCUAGAAGGUCUUCUUGUAUCACAUCCUGAAUUACUAGACGCUAUCGUUAUCCCGUUCCCUGAUGUGUAUGCUGGCGAAGUUCCAAUUGCAUUUGUUGUACGGUCACCGAAUACCUCGAUAACAGAGGAAGAUAUUCAAAAGUUCAUAGCCAAACAGGUUGCUCCUUAUAAAAGACUACGAAGAGUGAGCUUCGUUAGCAGUGUUCCAAAAUCUCUUGCUGGUAAACUCUUGAGAAGAGAACUUCGGGAGCAAGUACGAUCCAAGAUGUGAAGAAGAAUCUUCUGUUACCGAAGAACACAUAUCAGAAUCGCUGCCUUGUCUUCCCCUUUUCUCUACUAUUUCAAAUUAAACACACAACUCACUAAAAAGUGAAAUAAUAAUCCAAGACUCAAUGCAUACAUUUUGUCUUUUCCAUAUCACUUAUUUCCAGUUAUUUCAUUGUCGACUCUUGUUUAUUAAUAA